GGCCUCGGAAGAUGCAUCUACUCAGAGGCCAGAGAAGCCCAAGGAGCCUCGGGGCAAGGAGAAAGUCUCUGAAGAGACUAAGAAGAGGAAGCUGGUGCACAUCUCCAGCUCAGCUGGCAAGUUUGGGACUUCAGUAUCCCAUAGGGCAGAACAAACUGGAGAGCCGAAGCUUCUCGCUGCAGCCUCUAAGGCCAUCAAAAUGGAGAUGGUAAGGGAGGUGGAGGCUGAAGAGGCCAGGGAAGAGGCUGCCAGGCGAGCUGCUGAGGCAGCCGAAGAGGAGGUGGCGAAGGAGAAGCCUGUUCGGGAGAAGGGGAAGUCUCCAAACUUCCUAGCUGGGAGGGAGGAUGAGCUGGCCCUAGCUCUGGUGGAGGCUCUCCCUGAGGAAAUUCGAGGUGCCACCGAGAGCUUUUACAAGUUCUGGACGGAGAGGUGGCAGCUUCAUGCCUCGUCUUGUGAUGCCACCGACCUCACGAGGGCACUGGUGAGCCAAAGCGCCCGGACCUUUGGCCUCGCGCUAGAAUGCAGGGAGGCAUUAAGUGAAUUCCAAACAAGGACUCACGCCUCGGAGGGGAAAGCUGCUUCGCUCGUUGAGGAGGUCAAAGCUGCUAAGGCCGAGGCCGAAGAAAUCAAAGCACAGAGGGCUGAAGAAGCGGCGAAGCUCGAGUCCGCCCUGACCCAAAUUGAGGCCCUAAAGAGGGAAGUAUAUGAGUCUCAGUGCGAGGUGGCCUCUCUGACGAAGAAGGUGGAGGUCUCCAAUGAGCACCAAAAGGUGACUGCCGAGGCUCUGGAGCAGGCGAAUCUCGCCUUGGCCGGCGCUCGUGAUGCCAAUCAGUUUCUCGAAGGCCAGGCGAAGUGGUACAUGAACGACGCCUCGGUUGCCAGAGAAGAGGCCCGGAAUGCAGCGGAAGAGGCGGUGAGGGCAUACAUCGCCAAUUUCCACACUACAGAGGAGUAUAAAAGCUUCAGCGCGUACUGGAGGAACUUCGCCUAUGCCGAAGUGCUGGAGAGGGCAGAGGAGCUUUAUCCAAACUUGGACCUGGCACAACUUAGGUCCGAAUUUGUGGAUGAGGUUCCUCAGACCCUAGUUGAGGAGGUGCAGGGUGACGAGGCAGCUGAUGCCGAAGCCCUAGAUGCUGAGGCAGGGGAAGGAACCACUGAUGCCCAGGUUGCCGAACCCCCAAGUGCUGAGGCGCCACCUUCAUCCAGCCAGGUUUAG